AUUUCCCUUGCUUGGGUGUGUGAUUUAAUUUUUUUCCGCUCUCUGGUUGUAUUUUUUACGUAAAGUAAUUCUAACACAUGUGUUACUAACUUUAAUAUCUUUUUAAUUUCAGAUUUGAAGGGUACCCAAUCGGAAGAUGAUGUUUUUUUACCACGCUUGUUACAGGAGGAAGUGAAGAAUUUUUCACCUUUAGGCCACCCAGAUAUUAUCCAAUGGUGUGCUAAAGCUUAGGAAUCUCAUCAAGACCGAGUCUGUCGGGUAAAAACUGGUAAAAACACCAGAGCUUACAACACAUACAAUCGUUUAAAAUGUUUUUUUUUUGGCCUCAGUCUACGAUAACAUUAUUCCUUGCAUGUUUUUUUGGGAUUAUUGAAGUGAAAUUGAAUGCCCUCUCUGAGAUGGAGAAAGCAAUUUCCCUGAGUUUUUGUUCAAUUUUGACUUUUUCUGAAAAGUAACAACUCUCCCCCCGCGCCCUCAAUCUUCGCCGGAAAUCUAUGCCGGAAAUGUUCGGCUCCGGCAACUACCCGGCGCCGGUGUCCUCAGACGAGAUAAUCCGACUCGCGUCUGAAUGCCGCCGCCGCCUCCGCCAGAACAACGCCCACCGACCGACUCUCCCGCCUUUCCUCCUCGAUCCGUCAUAUCACCCCAUUCUCCUCUCCUAUCUCAACCGCCGCGCCUCCUUUCAUCAGAAUCGUUCCACCGCCGUCUCGGCGUAUGUUGACUCCCUCCUCACCCUCUCUAAGAUCGAAGAUUCUCUCACUCCUCUCCUCCCACACCUCCUCCAAUCGUACACCUCACUCUUCACUUCCCGCCAAAUCCCGCACGAUUCGCACUCCAGCUCCUCCCUCCGGUGCUUCUCCACUCAUCUCGACUCCAUGCCGGCACNCCGUCAUAUCACCCCAUUCUCCUCUCCUAUCUCAACCGCCGCGCCUCCUUUCAUCAGAAUCGUUCCACCGCCGUCUCGGCAUAAAAGGAGGAGGAGUAAGUUUCUUGGUAAGGUGUUUGCUGGGAUGAAGGAUGUUGAUGUGCAGGACAUACCGUGGUUGGUUAUUCGGUUGUUGGUCUUGGCUUCAAAAGGUUUUGAUAAAAGGGAAGUUAUUGAAGGGAUAUUCAUGUUUUUUGGAGGCGAGGAAAUGGAUGCGAAAGGUGGGCUGAUAAUGAGACAAGUUGAAGGAACUGUUUUGCUCCAUAUAAAUUCUGUGGUCGAGAAGGAUCCUGGGCUAGCGAGGGAGGUUUUAAGGCUGGUCAAGGAAAGCAGCUUUGGGAGAGAGCAUGUUGUGUCAAGUAUCGUAAAAUUGGGAUUCGGAUUGCUUGAGGGUGUAGAGGAGAAAAGCAGCAAAGAAAUCAAGUAUGAUUGUAUCGCAGGUCCAGUGGAAUUAGGUCUUGAAGUGUUAAAAAAUUUGUUUGAUCUCCAUGAUGGGGUGAGAAAUGAGAUAAUACAGCAAUGCAUUUUAAAAAUCCUUUCCUCAAAGCCAGGGGUGAUUCCAAUCAUACGGUUGCUUGGAGAUCUAGUUCAGAGUCAUCUGCAUUCACUGCUACAAUGUGCUUCAGAUCUCAAAAAGUUAUUGGAAAAUUUCACAUUCUCGGACUCUGAAAUAUCCUCUUCACUCAUCAAUGUUUUAUGGCCUCUGAUUAAAUGCAGUCGAGAUCUUCAGGAUCAUACCAUACUGGCCUUACAAAAGGCUACUUUUAGGCAAGAACCUUCUGUUCAUGUUUCUGCAGCUGCUGCUAUUGUUGAAUUAAUUUUAGCAGAAAAGCGGUCUGAAAAAAGUGGAUCAGCCUCUCUUCAAAAAUCAAGCAGCGAAGCCAGCAGCUGCCAAAAAACUGAAGUUUAUCAUAUAACUAGGGCUGGCCUUUUUCAGGAGCUUAGUGGUUUACUGCGGAGAUGUCUUUGUCAGCAGGCAAGAGUCAGAGAGAUCGUGUACCAUGGAUUGUUGAAGCUGGUGUUGAUAGAUCCCUUGGUUGCUGAACAUGUUUUGAAUUUCAUCUUGCCCCACUUUCAACGAUUUCUCACUAAGGAUACGGAGCUGCUUGAGAUUAUCAAUUGUAUUAUAAUUGAGAAUGGCAAAGUCUUUAUUGAAGAGCCAUUUGACUGUCUUCUGUUCUGCACCAGUUGGAUCCUGCAGCUAUUUCAUCAAAUUGCCAGUAAUCCUUCAGAUUCAUUGGAUUUGCCUGGCUUCUCUCUUACCCAAGAGAAUGAGGAAGGAAGAACCUUGGCUAGCCGGAGCUUAUCCAAUGGCUUGUUACAGAUCAGGGAUCUCAUCAAAACUGAAAGUCUCUCCGGCAUACUUGAAGAUUUUGAAGCGAAGCAUACAUUGGAAUCUGGACAGGUGGCAAUGUGCUAUUUGAUUUUUUUGGGAAUUAUUGAAGUGAACUUGAAUACCACCUUCUUUGAGCUGGAGAAAGCAACUGAUGUCAAAAAGGCUGAAUUGGUGAAAGAGCUUUCUCAUUUGGUUUCCCUCUAUGAGUGUGCCGAAGAAGAGGCAAGUGAAUUUAUGCAGAAGACAGCUGCAAAAAGAGGACUUAUGCGCUCUUCGAGUAACUGUGGUUCAGAUAAGUUGUACUCAAGCUGCACUAAUCUUCAAGAGAGAUCCCCACGCUUGAAAACUUCAUACAUUCACCAGCUACUACAGGGUGCUAUUAAACAAAUUAAUGGGGGUUUUCAGGAUUUAUUAUCUGAUGAUGGUGCAUCUGUGCUGCUGGUAACUCUAUCUUUUGUCUUGAAGAUCUGCAUGCGGCAAUUGGACUUUAUUUCUUUGGGGAAAGAUGAUCCAUUGAAGACCGUGCAGGGGAAUAUCAAUUCAUUGGGUUCCCCACUUCUGGAAGUGAUUCUAUUACUGAAGACUCGUGAAAAAAGUGAGAUAAGCCAGAGGAAAAAAGACAUCACGGGAAGGAAAGAUAUUGGUGGGCAUAGGGAGAACAUCCAACUUGCCUUAGUGUGCUUGAAAAAGUUGAUAACUAUAAGUCUGUGCAGCUCCGAUUAUGCAGUUAUGUUGAACGACUUGCUGUCAGUGGCUCGAAAUGAGGCUGCCUCUGGGAAUGUGUCAGAUGCUAGUUGGGAUACUCAUGACAACAUUUGUGAUAGUGUUGAGCCUGGAAGGAGUAAAGAAAUGUUUAUUGAAAAGAUUACAAAGCCAUUGCUUGAGGAGUUUCUUGGGUUGUCUUAUUUUCCUGAGGUUGAGGUUAUUGGUGAUAUAGUUCAGAUGAUUGCCGGUACAAUGGUGGGGGGUACAAAGAACUUAAUUGGAGAAUGGGCAACAAAUAUAUGCCGAAGUACCUCAAUCACAGAUCCCGAAGUUGCUAAACGUAUGUUCUGUCUGAUCGUUUCCUUAACCUCGGCCCCCAAUGAUAUGCUUGUCAUCCAAGACAUGGCAACUCACCUUCUACAAGUAGUUGGAUCAGAGAAGGCAGCCCCAUCAGACACAUCUGAAGCUUACCCCAUCAUAAACAAAUCUACUAGUGCUGUGAUAGCCACCUAUAUUCUGGGACUUAUUGAAUAUUUUAUAAUUGAAAUGCAAUAUGUUAUCAGAAAACUGCAAGGAUGUAUUCUAACUCAGAAUGAGGACCCUAAGGUACUGGCACUGGAAGAAUCCUUGUAUAAAAGAGAAGAAGCUUCCGUGCUCGUUCUUUCUUCGUUUGUACAGAUGGACCUCAAGUAUCCACAAACAGAGAAGUUUCUGAGUGUUACUGCAAAGUUUUACAAAUAUAUGGGUGCAAUUUUGAAGCUUCUUAGUGCUCCUAGAGCCAUUGACAACCAGAUUCUACAACACAUGAAACAUCAAAAGGUUGAGGAUUUGACUGGCAACCUGUUAACAGAUCCUCUCUGCCACGUUAUACGUCAAAAGAAUUACUCGGACCCUGCAGUCACAAUACCAGAACCAGUUCAGAGGGAAACUGCUUGCCAGAAAAGUAACAACUCUCCCGCGCGCUACCGCGUCCUGAAUCUUCGCCGGGAAUCGAUGUCGGAAAUGUCCAGCUCCGAUCACCAACCGCCGCCGUUAUCCUCCACCGAUAUAAUCCAACUCGCGCACGAAUGCCGCGGCCGCCGCCAAAACAACAUCCACCAACCGGCUCUGCCGCCUUUCCUCCUCACGCCGUCCUCUCAGGCGACUCUCCUCGCCUACCUCAACGACCUGGCCGCAUCAUCUCCGAAUCCUUCCACCGCCGUCUCGGAAUACGUUGACUCCCUCCUCUCCCUUUCUAAGAUCGAAGAUUCACUCACUUCUCUCCUCCCCUCCCUCCUCAUAUCGUACACCUCCCUCUUCACUUCCCAACAAAUCCCUCACGAUUCGCACUCAAGCUCCUCCCUCAAGCUCUUCUCCACUCAUCUGGACUCAAUGCCGGCACCUGAUCUCGUUCCGGUAGUGGAUUCCAUCAUCUCAUACCUGCCUCGCAUAUCCGAGAAGGGAGACAUUCAAAUUCUAAAUUUGCUACCAAAAUGUGUAAACCUAAUUAGAUCAUUGGAUGGAGUGAAGAAUCAGGUUGAAUACACCAACUCUGUGCUUGAUAAAAUGCUCGAGUGUAGCUGGUGUAAGGUUUUAUGUGUGAAAAUGGUGGAAAUAAUCAAGGAUUUUGAAUUUCUAGAUAAAACAAGGAGGAGUGAGUUUCUUGCCAAGGUGUUUGUUGGGAUGAGGGAUGUUGAUGUGCAGGAAAUACCAUGGUUGGUUAAUCAGUUGUUGGUUUUGGCUUCAAAGGGGUUUGGUAAAAGGGAAGUUAUUGAAGGGAUAGUGAUUUUUUUUGGAGGUGAGGAAAUGGACAAGAAAGAUGAGCCGAUAAUGAGACAAGCUGAAGGAAAUGUUUUGGCCCAGAUAAACUUCGCCGUCGAGGAGGAUCCUGAGCUAGAGAAAGAGGUUUUAGGGCUGUUUAGGUUGGGUUAUUCCAGGGCUUUCAAUCAUUUUAGUGUAGAGGUUUUGUUGUCAAUCGCAAGUGUUAAAAGGCUUAAUGUGAGUGCAAUAGGGGUUCUGAAAUCAACUCUCAUUGGUGCUUACAAAGGGUAUAAAUUUGCAAAAGAGUGUAAAUGGCUAGCAGAUGGCUUGAAGGAAGAUUAUUUUCAACAUGCCAGGGCCAUAGAGCAGGCUGUGUUGAGAGCUUUGCAGGUCAGGGAAAGCAGCUUUGGGAGAGAGCAUGUUGUGCCAAGCAUCGUACAAUUGGGAUUUGUAUUGCUUGAGUGUGUAGAGAAGAAGAGCAGCAAAGAGACCAAGUAUGAUUGUGCUGCGGGUCCAGAGGAACUAGGUUCUGCAAUGUUAAAAAGUUUGUUUGAUUUUAAUGAUGCCACGAGAACUGAGCUAAUUCAGCAAUGCAAUUUAUGGAUCCUUUCUUUGAAGCCGAACGUGAUGCCAGUCAUACGGUUGCUUGGAGAUCUAGUUCACAGUCAUCCAAAUCCACUACUAGAACAAGCUUCUUAUCUGGAAAAAAUGUUGGACUAUUUCUUAUUCCUAGACCCUGAGAUAUCUUCUUCAUUCAUUAUUGUUUUAUGGCCUCUGAUGAAAUGUAGUAAAGAUUUUCAGGUCUCGCAAUUAAUAUUUAGAGUUUCAAUAAUUUGUACUUUGCAAGUAUGAGAGGUAAAUGACCAUUAAGUAUGUUCAGAACAAUAUCAAAACAAGGUUCUUUGGACUGAAUGAACGUGAGAUAUUGUU